AGUGCUUUUUUUAUUAAUAUGUGAAGGACUGUGUAGUAUCUGCAAAACUACUGUGAGAUGGACCUCAGUUUUAGGGGGGAGGAGAGACUGGGGCAGGGCAAGUCUUCUCCACUCUGCCAGUCUUUUGUACCCAUAUUGUGAGAAACUGCUUAGUCUCUCAUCAGAAUAUUGCUGUGGAGCUGGGAAUGUUUGAAAGGCAUUGUGUGGUGUAGAGCAGAGAUUUCUCAGACAGGAAACUGGAAGUGAAACUAUGGAGCUGUUGUUUUGCAGAACUGUGAGGCAGAGUUUGGUAUGAUACCAUGGAAGGGCAGCAUAACCACCCGCAUCAUCUAGGGGACCAGAACAACCCUCUUUGCAAGCUGCCAGGGCAGGAGUACCAGCAUGAUCCUCAGAGACAUUUAACAUCGUACCCAUAUCGCUGCACAUUGGCAGAUUUUCAGAUAGAGAAGAAGAUUGGACGAGGACAGUUCAGUGAAGUUUACAAAGCAACUUGUCUUCUGGACAGAAAACCUGUGGCAUUAAAGAAAGUUCAGAUUUUUGAAAUGAUGGAUGCCAAGGCUAGGCAAGAUUGCAUUAAAGAAAUUGACCUCUUGAAGCAACUGAACCACCCCAAUAUAAUUAAGUAUUUGGAUUCUUUUAUUGAAGACAAUGAACUUAACAUUGUCCUGGAGCUGGCCGAUGCUGGUGAUCUCUCCCAGAUGAUUAAGUAUUUUAAAAAGCAGAAACGGUUAAUCCCGGAAAGGACGGUGUGGAAAUAUUUUGUGCAGUUAUGCAGUGCAGUUGAACACAUGCACUCCCGCAGGGUGAUGCACAGAGACAUAAAACCAGCCAAUGUGUUUAUAACAGCCACAGGGGUGGUGAAGCUGGGAGAUCUUGGAUUAGGCCGUUUUUUUAGUUCUAAAACCACUGCAGCACAUUCCUUAGUGGGAACUCCAUACUAUAUGUCCCCAGAAAGAAUACAUGAAAACGGCUAUAACUUUAAGUCUGAUAUCUGGUCUUUGGGCUGUUUAUUGUAUGAGAUGGCAGCUCUUCAGAGCCCUUUCUAUGGAGAUAAAAUGAACCUGUUUUCUCUUUGCCAAAAAAUAGAGCAAUGUGACUACCCACCUCUUCCAGCCGAACAUUACUCUGAAAAGCUGCGGGAGCUGGUCAGCAUGUGCAUAUACCCUGAUCCAGAUCAAAGACCUGACAUUGGUUACGUGCACCAAAUAGCAAAACAAAUGCAUGUGUGGACCUCCAGCACAUGAAGCAUCUGCAGCCGCUCUCGAGAAGCCAGCACAGCUCAGUCUUACUUGAAUUCUUUUUUUCUCAGCUGAAACCGAGUGGUGCCUUGUCACCCCCGCGAGAGGGUUGAGCACUCGUAGCAAGAGGCUCCAUUAUUUCUGCAGGUUAUUUGACAAGGACUCUUACGCCGUGGUCAUGCUUUAAAGUGAAGAUUCUGUGAGGUAUUGCAAGUGAUUAGUUUUUCGUUGUUGUUGUUUUUUUUUUUUUCUUCCAGGCCAAUAACAUGUUACAGAUGUAGAUCAUUUAAGGGUCCUUUCUUAAAACUGUCGUGUGUAAUCUAGGAUAGAUAUUAACAAGGGUGCGGGUUUGCUGCAUCCCCUCUAUCUUAACUGUAAUGUGAACUAUUGAAAUAAUUCCUUCAGUGAAAUCACUUUAUACUAGUGUAAGAAUUACAGUAGAUUUUGUGUAAUUUGUAUAACUGCUACUUUGCCUCUUCUGCAAAUGUUCAAUAGCAAAUCCAGUUUUUACUUCGUAUAUUUUAAAGCAGCCAUUUAUGUGUUUUUAUUAAUUCCCUCUUCCUCAGACACAGGAACUGGGAAAGGUUGGGGGGGUGGGAACCCAUUUCUUUUAAGAGUUCUCUUUUUUUUUUUUAUUUUUAAUGGAAAAUGUGGAGUGAGUAUUUUGCUGAUGCAUUGAUCUGUUAACCUGGCUACAGCCAAUAAGAUGAGUUAAGGAUGUACCUGGGGACAGAGACGAACAUGCCAACAAACCAACCCAAACCAAGCAUUGCUCCUGUAAGGAAUUGUUCUUUAUACUUAUUUUUCCCAUUUGGCAUGAUUCUUUUUAGACUACAGGUCCUUGUUAAAGCCCAGUGUUGUAUCCAAGCCAGCUUGAUUUUGGUGAAGCUACUUCUACGCGCUCAGUUUUACGUCGGGUACUGUAGGUAGAACUGAAGCAAAGCAGUGUUUAAACAUUCUUUAAACAGAAAGAAGUCAAAUGCUUUGUGUGUCUAAUUCUCCAUAAGGAUCAGCCCCGUCUGUUCAACUGUGAAAGCUCAUUUACAGAAUGUGAAUUUUUAUAAAAGAUCUCCACCUGAUUUGAAGGAGUCGUCUUUAACUACACGGAAAUUUUCAACCAGCUAAAUUCAUUCAUUGAAUCAAUGAUUUGUUUCAUUACUGUCGAUGAAAAAUAGUCACUGCUUUAGGAACAAACGUGGAUUCACGUUCAAGUGUUUCCAUUUCAUGUGCCUGUUCAAAGGAACAGGCUGCACUUAAUGUUCUGGAGGGCUCCAGUGGGGGAAGGCACACGCCUGUCCUGUGGCAGCGCUGCUUCCAUGUGUGAUGGUGGCUAAUGCCAAAAUGUACAUUUGUGUGUGACAGUUCAAAUGCAGCCUGUGCCUGUUGGUGUUUUUUUUUUUUCUUAAGAGAAGUGUACAAUCCUUAAUUUUUUGGAAAUAAAUAGGAUUAGGGUUAGAGGGUUACCUACAUAUAUACGCUUUUAGUGGAUUUUUUUUUUAACCUAAUUUGCUCUACUUAAAGGAAAACUGCAGUGCCAUCUUCAACUCCAUCCCAUCGAAUUUUGAACUAUUUAUAUAGGCUAGCAAGGAAAAGCUAUUAAUUGCUGUGAAUAAGGUUGGUAUCAUUAA